AUGGCUCGUGCAGCCGCGUACGUCCGGGCACGCCUGAAGAAUCUCGUUACCGGCGCCACAGUAGAUCACAAUUUCCGCUCAGAUGAGAAGCUCCAGAUCCCGGAAAUCACGGUAGCUGAAGCCUCUUUCACGGGGUUCAGAGCGGGAGGCGGGGGCUCGGCUAAGAGAGGCAGCAAACAGAGGAGUUCGGAGUCGGCGAUGCUGGGCGAGGCCUUGAAGGCUGCAGGAAUGGAAAAGGCAGGCGAUUUGCGCGGCAGGGACAAAGCGCUUGUUUUUAUGAACAAGGAGACGUGGGAGGAGAUUGUGGUCACGGACAGGGACAUAACGGAGCGCAUUUCGGGCUUCCUUAAAGAAGGCAUGGACGUCCGGUUUGGCUUAUGGGAAGACAAGGUCGUCGACAUCGCGCUGCCGGCAACGGAGACGUACACCGUGACAGAAAUCUCUGGACAGUCGGAACACAGUCGGGGGAACCCCGGUCGGAAGCAAGCUAUUCUCGAAACCGGCGCCCGCAUUUCGGUGCCCCACUUUGUCGAGACUGGCGACCGAGUAGUUGUGCGCACGAGUAACGGCGACUUCGUGAAACGAGGUGUGUGA